AUGAGCGGCGGCAAGCUGGUUAGCCCGGGUAAAGGAUUGCCCCGCGGUGAUAGUAUGCUCGACAUCGACCACGGCGACUCGUCCAAUACUCGGCUCGGAGUGCGUCCGAAAGCGCUCAUGAGAGUAGAAAGCAACACUAGCUUUGGAAUGUCUGGGCUCCAAGUACAGGAGGGCGAUGAGGAUACAGACGAGCUACAUGACCCUCGCGCGUGGCUAAAGGUUAUUGAUGCUUUUGAGCAGCCACGACUUUUUUAUAAUGUCGAAAACGAGCACUUCGAAAGAGAUACGACAAAACCAUCGCUCCUACCGCAAGCCUCGCACAAAACUGCCGCCUUUCGCGACCGAUAUGAGGUUAUUCACCAACGACUGCUUCGCAAUGAAUCUUUCAAAAGAACUACCGUCUCAGCCUCUCGAACGCACGGCCCUCAAACAACGUCAAAUUCCAAAAACAUGGAGAUUACACCGAUCGCAAAUAUGCUUGGACGCCACGGCAGCAACCACUUGCUUCUCGGGCAGCUUAAUAACCUAUCCACUGGCGAGCUGGCAAUCAGUGACUUGACGGGUACCAUUGCGUUGAAUCUUGACAAAGCCAUCACCAUCCCCGAUGACUCAACCUGGUUCUGCCCUGGUAUGAUUGUUCUGGUAGACGGUGUAUAUGAGGAGGAAGAAGAGUCUGUUGGCAGAGGUCUGGGCGGUGGCAGCGGCGUCGGAGGCACGCUGGGAGGUCGCUUCAAAGGCUUCUUCAUCGGGCAUCCCCUAUGCGAAUCUCGACAAACAACAAUGGGAAUAACUGGCCCCGAAAAAGCCCUCGAUGACACGAUUGGAGGAGGAUUCGGCUGGAUCGACUUUCUAGGCGUCGGCAGCGAGCGGGCCGUGGGCCAAAAGAUGCGGCGGCUUGAGCGCCGCUUGCUGACGCGGGCGGCGCCAGCACAACCAUUAUCACUCGAGGAGAGGGAGGAAGAAGAGGAAAAUGGAGGGACAGAAUACCGCGGAGACCGCCCACCCCGCGGCCGCAUCGUGAUCAUCGGCGAACUGAAUAUCGACCAGGCGCGCGUGUUACACGCGCUGCGCAAGAUCCUCGAAAUUUACUCGGCGGAGCCCGACGGCAGCGCGCCGGUCGCGUUCGUGCUCGCCGGCAACUUCACGCAGGACGCCGUCCUGUCGCGCGGCGGCGGAGGCAGCAGCAUCGAGUACAAGGAGUGCUUCGACGCGCUGGCCUCGACGCUGUCCGACUACCCGAAGCUGUUACGCUCGUCGACCUUCAUCUUCGUGCCGGGCGACAACGACGGCUGGGUCUCCUCGUUCACCGCCGGCGCGUCCACGCCGGUACCGCGCCAGCCCGUGCCCGACAUGUUCACCUCGCGCGUCCGCAGGGCGUUCGCCACCGCCAACGCCGAGGCCGGCCCGUCGGCGGCGGCGCGCCGCGGCGGCGGCGUCCCGGGCACCGCCGUAUGGACGUCCAACCCGAGCCGCAUCAGCCUCUUCGGGCCCAACCACGACAUCGUGCUCUUCCGCGACGACAUCUCGGCGCGCCUGCACCGCACCUCGGUGCACCUGACCACGUCGAGCGGCGGCGACGGCGACGGCGACGACGUGGCGGCGACGGCGGAGUCCAUGGACGUGGACCGCGAGGAGCCCGAGGUCGCGGCGACGGCGACGGCGGUGCCCUGGGAGAAGCACGCGGCGCGGAAGCUCGUCAAGACGCUGCUCGACCAGGGCCACCUGUCGCCGUUCCCGACGUCGACGCGCCCGGUCCACUGGGACUUUGCCGCGGCGCUGCAGCUGUACCCGCUGCCGACGGCGGUGGUGCUCGUCGACACGACGACGGCGCCGUUCUGCGUCACCUAUGAGGGCUGCCACGUGAUGAACCCGGGCGCCGUGGCUGCGCCCGGGCGCAAGAGCAUCGGCCGCUGGAUCGAGUACGAGCUAGGCGGGGUUGGCCGGCUGCGAGAGUGUCCGUUGUAA